AUGGCUACAAACAGUAGUCAACCAUAUAAUUUGGAGCAAGCAUUGAAAAGAGGUGGGAGUACGUGUCAACCUCUUCGUGUUAGAGUCUUGCAUGAAAGACUUGCAACUUCAGAUGCUGUAAAGAGAGUAUUCAUCAUAGGAGAUAGUAGCAGUGCAGGAGAAUGUGUUGUGUAUGAUAAGUUGGCAUCUGGAAGGUUCCAUGUUGGGUCUUCUGUGGUGAUUUUAAAUGCAAGUGUCAAGGUUGCUAGAAAAAAUCACGUUGAAGUUUCUGCACGAAGCAGAGUGAAGGAAACGGGAAAUGUAACCAUUACUGAGGAGGUGGAGGAGGCUGGGAGGCUACUCUUUAAUCCUCCACCUGCAGAAUUUGUGAAACUAAAUACAGUGGAAAGGUCACCAGUAAAGAAAUUAGUCUCGAUCAAAGGACAGGUCGUUGGUGAGGAACUCACUCAAAUUGUAAAGUUCAUGGGUAAGGAUACUGAGGUGAGGAAUAUCACCGUACAAGAAGAAAAUGUAUCAUGUCGUGUUGCACUCUGGAGAGACAAAGCACAAUCAGAUUUCAAGACGGGGGAUUAUCUGGAGAUAACUAAUGUUGUCACUUCUACUUUUUUGGACAAGAUGUAUCUAUCAACGACACAGAACAGUGAGAUAAAGAAAGUUCCUCGACCAGAUGAUUCAACCGAGACCACUGUCAUUGGUUUUGAAGUAGUGGAUGAUGACUGGAUAGAACUCACAACUAAUGAAGUUGGGUGGCCAGGGUAUGUUGUUCGCCAGUCUGUACUGAUAGAAGGUUUGGAAAUAGAUGUUGAGGAUGGUGAUAUUAAGGAAGUGUUGAGAGAUAAAGUACCAUUUUCAUGCACAAGGAUGAAAUCAAAUUCUUUUCUCUUAUGA